AUGGCUCAAAUUAAACAUGCCAUCGAAUCAUUGUGUACCGUACUCAAUUUUAAUCGUCAAUGCGCUAUCCAAGCUGAAUCAUUCAGACAAGCAAAAUUCGACCGACAUGAGCAGACAAGGACAUUCUGGCUUCUACUAUUUGAUUCGAUAUGUUACAGCAAGUACCUGCAAGUUAUGCCAGAAGCUCAUUUAUCAGAUGUAACUUUGAACCUUUUUGAAUGUAAACACUUUUUACCCAUUUCAGAACAGAUUGUUGUAUAUGUAAAGCACUACUUAUAUAGCUUUGGAUAUGGAGUUGCAAGCUUCUAUCAAUUGCCAAAUAAUAUGAGCUAUGGGAGUCGAGAAUUGCUACUAGCCUUCUCUUGGUUACUGGCAAAACGAAAUAUCAUUGAGAGCUACAUCCAUAAUAUUGAGGAUAUUUUGUCUAUUAGAGUUAUCGAUGAGAUUAUCGAUCGUGCAAAGAAUCUGCUUUGGCAGUAUGGGAGGCUAAAUCAUAAAUUAAAGACCUUACUAAGUAGUGAGAAAGAACAAAUUCGUAUCAUGCAUAAGCUUCACAUUGGUACGUGGGAUACUCAAUCUGCUGUGCUGCCUGAUUGUAGCCAUUUAUCCAGUCUAGAGUGCUAUUUAUUAGCAAAUCCAAAGGAUUUUCAAAAGGGAUUACUCGAUCAGAGGAUAACUUAUCUAUCUGCAUUGGCAAGUUGGAUAGGGGAAAAAGAUUUAUUUUGGAAAUGGAUGGAAAGUGUACUUGAAGAGAAAUUCAAAGAUUCAUCAACUAAUGAUCUCAGUGAGGUCAAAAAGCCACAGAAAGAAUCCACUAUUACGAAAGAUUUAGUAGCUAUUAACAAAUUAUUAUUGGAAAAGAUUGAAAACAAUACCCAAUAUUUGAGUAGAAUUUCCGUUUCAGACGAUCCGGAAAAAUCUUCUAGAUACGCUCAAUUACGAUCAGCGAUGGCAUCUCGCUACUGUCAAUCAACUAAUCAAAUGAAAGUGCAUUCCGAUGUAAAUAAGCAAGCAAAUCAAUAUAUAUUAAUCAAGAAAUCUCAAAAGAACGUGAACCAUUUGAGUAAUCCUGAGGAAACUAUGAAGUAUCCUAUUGCUGAUGUAAUAGAACAAUUGAAUGAAGCUACUAACCAAUUAAAAACGAAUUUAAUGAUAGCUAGAGAAAAAUAUAAAAUUUUAAUGGAUGACCUGUUAAGUAAUUCUACUGGUAUCUUACGAUUAGAUCAAGCUAGAAUUUAUUCUAUCGAAAAAAUACGCGCAAUCCUUCAGUGUGUGCCACCCAAAUUCGAUUGGAUUGGACAAGGUAUAAUUUCUAGCCUGGAGCAUCUUAUCCAAUGUAGUCCAUUGGAUAAGAUACAGAAAUGGAAAAAAUUCGGAUUAUCCUAA